GUCGCCUCCAGCAGGAAUCAGGACGAUCUCUCUGGACUCGCCAGUGCAGCUUUCAGACAUCCAGAGCCGGCACAAGAGAAGCAUCCGCGCUGUUCAGGGAGGAAUCAGUAUCGAUCAGCCGUGGCGUGGGGACCAUGACACAGGGCUUGUAUUUGUAACACGUACUUGGCAGGAGAAGGAGACACUCUUCCACGCUCUUGACAAUAAACCAAGAACAGUGAGGAGAGAGCCGAGAGACUGUAACUAACAAUUACAUGUCACCAAGACGCUUGUAAAGCUUGAACAAUCCACCAAGGUGUAUGGACACAGUAGUGUCGAAUGAAGAAAGUUGGGAAGAAGUUUUGCUGGCUUGGAAGGUACGAUCUCAUUGAAGUUAGUCAUUGUUGUUGAUGACGCUUUACGGCUUGGUUAUCCUGGACAUUGGGUCCUCUGUACGAGUUCGGGUGACAGUGUUGAAGAGACAGCAGUUACAUCAUGACGACCAAGGAAUGUGUAAUGGACUAAACACCAUUCUCAGAUGAAAUGCUUUGAAUCCGCAACACAAAGAAACUGAGAAUAGACCCUCCACAAUGUCGUCCAACAUAUCGGACGCGUCGAAGGAGCCAUUUGGUGUAGUGAACGCAAACCUCGAGAAGUUCGCCCACUGGUACUGGCACAUCCAUGGCUAUCUCAGCCUCAUCAUCUGCACCUUCGGCAUCUUCACAAACAUCCUCAACGUCACCGUCCUCACCCGUAAGUCGAUGCGUACGGCAAUCAACUGCAUACUAUGUGCCAUAGCUAUAUCCGACAUCGUUACGAUGUCAUCGUACAUUCCAUAUGCCGUUCACUUCUACCUUAUCUGCGAUCUCACCCCGUCCCCAGAACGCUACUCCUACGGCUGGACGACGUUCCUUGCCAUCCACGGCAACGUCACGACGACGAGCCACUGCAUUUCAAUAUGGCUGGCGGUGUUCAUGGCCGUGAUGCGUUACGUCUACCUUCAGACCAAGCGUUGUCCAAGCAUCAAGGUCACCUGUGCUUUGAUCUGUGUCAUACCAGCGUUCGUUGCGCUCAUAAUGAUGCCCAACUAUCUCAUCACCGGCGUCUACGAAGCCAGCGUCCCCGGCCUCAACGCCAGCAUCUACAGACUGAACGACUACGCCCUUGGUAACAAUAACCCAACGACCCGAGCACUGGUUGCGUUUUGGCUAUACGCCAUCGUUGGUAAGCUCCUGCCGUGUACGUUAAUAUCAAUCUUCAUGGGACUUCUACUGAAGAAGCUGCACGAGAGUGCCAAACGUCAGAAGCGUUUGUUCAACGCUUCCGAUCAUGCGCAGAAGAAGAAGAAGCGCCACAAGUGCACAACGACGAUGUUGCUGGUUAUAAUAGUGAUGUAUAUGAUCACCGAGCUCCCACAGAGCUUCAUAAUACUGAUGAGUGCCUCUUACCAGUACUUUUUUAGACAUGUGUAUUUUCUUCUCGCGGAUGUUUUAGACAUGGCGGCGUUGAUCAACAACGCCAUCAACUUUGUGUUGUAUUGUACGAUGAGUCAACAGUUCCGAGACCAUCUAUAUGAUCUAAGUGGAGCUCUUCUUUGUCGAAAACAACGUGCAAAAAGGAAGAGAUUCGCCAACAAUGUUCACUAUGAUACCGUCAAUGCAAGCGCCAACCAGUCCCAUUUAGAUCACUUGUGCGUUACCACGGCAACCAGUGAGAAAUCGUUAUCACAUGGAUGACGUCAUAAGAUAAGCGAGGUGCAGUUAUGAACAGCGUUUUUUAAGGUGGUACAUGAAGAAGGAGUGCUUAUGAACAAAUAUUGCAUACUACAACAUUAGGAAUAUUUAGGUAGAUUUCCGUAGCCUUUUUCGGAAACCGAAAUCAGCCGAGAAUAUCCGAAUGUGAAAAUAUAGUCCGACCCCUUGAAAAUGAUAAAUGCAAUUUUUAUUCGUUCUCAAUCUCUCCUUCUUAAUGUUUCACUUUAAACAGCACUGUGGAUUGAAACUGUUUUCAAACAUAUAGUAUAUAUGUGAUAUGUGAUAUGUGAAGCUGUGAUGUCUGUGACUAACCGGUUAUUGGACCACGUGACCAGGGGAUGUUCAUACGCAUCUCGCUUACAUGACACGUGACACUCAUGUGACAAUUAUAAUAUAAAAUCGUCCUGACAAAACAGUUAACAGGAAGUUGUUUGUAUGAGCUCAAUUCAAUCAGAUCUUCGGGGGACUUCGUGGAAUACGUUAUCGGAAAAUGUCGAUCUUCUCCGUAGUGGCAUGUGACUUACCUGCUUGUUGAAUCGGAACUGUCAAGAAGAAUGCUGCUCCUCGGAGCAGAGACGAGAUUUUCCAGUUGUUAACGAACGAGUUCAUUCGGAGCUCACAGAACUAUGCCACAACGGAAAUAGCCGUAAUUUCUUCAGAAUGAGCAAAUGGGACCUUUGUGCACCGGAAUUAGCCGAGCUUUUUCCGAAUCCUGGAAAUUAGAGUGUACAUGAAUGUACAGUGUUGUUAUAAACAAUGAGUCGACUAUAGUGCUGUACAGUAUGAUAGUGCUCAAGUGAUGUCUGUUAAUGUUCGGUUUUUCGGUGUCGUGUCGAGCAUAUGGAAGGCGCUGAACAAACAAGUACCGUAAGAUAGCUAACAAGUACCAUCAUUCUAGCUCCGACAUACGGGCCGCUCUUGUUCCUCGGCUAAUCAACACUUAUCCAUCGUGUCAUGUGACUAGUCACGUGUCUUUCUGUCUCUCUCAGUGGAAUUGCUGGUGCGGCGUAAAGCAAUAUUCACCCUCUCUCUCAGUGCAUGUUCUCAGUCAUAUACUUAGAUACUGCUAUCGAAUAAACUAUUUUUUCCAAUU